GAGAAAUAUAAAAGAAAUUCUUAUCUACAAUGCAAGGAAAAUAAACAUCAUAAAAAUGGAAUGUUGUUACAGUCCAUCAUCGUUGUCUUGUUUCAAGUUUCAGAGUCUUUCAGCUUCUGGGAGUACAAGAUUUUCUCCUACUAGGUUGUCAUCAUCAGCUGGACUUUCUAAUCCAUUUCUUAAAGCAAAUGGCAGAAUUAAGUCCAUCACUCGACAGCAACAUUCUUAUGAUUUGAGGCGGACUGUCGUCUAUUCAGAAUCUAGAAAUCAGGGUUGGGACUUUGGCAGAUUUGUCAAGACAUUGUACUUCUUUAACGGACCUCCAUCACCUUUUAAGAUCUUUGAAAGCCUAAUUGCAAAUCUGGCUGGUCCUUCAUCGAGUGAAUCUGAAGUGUCUAUGGAUUCAUCUGGAGUAAUUUUAGUUGUUGGAGCCACCGGUGGUGUUGGGAGAAGAGUAGUGGAUGUCUUGCAAAAGAAAGGGUUGCCUGUUAGAGUAUUGGUCAGGAAUGAAGAGAAAGGAAGGAAAAUGCUAGGUCCAAAUAUUGACUUGGUUGUGGGGGAUAUCACAAAAGUGAGCACUCUACUUCCUGAUUACUUCAAAGGAGUGAAGAAAGUUAUUAGUGCGUUUUCAGUGAUCGUGGGACCAAAAGAAGGAGAUACUCCUGACCGGGCCAAAUACAGUCAAGGGAUCAAAUUCUUUGAACCAGAGAUUAAGGGUGAUUCACCUGAACUUGUGGAGUAUAUCGGAAUGCAAAAUUUGUUAAAGGCGUUAAAGGAAAGUGUUGGACUCAAAACUGGAAAAUUAGUCUUCGGAUUUGAAGAUGGUUCAUCUAGAGACCUGCCUUGGGGUGCCUUAGAUGAUGUUGUGAUGGGAGGAGUUAGUGAAAGUUCAUUCCAAAUACUCCCCAAUGGUAGUGAAACUGGUGGACCUACAGGUCUUUUUAAAGGUGUUGUUUCCACUGCUAACAAUGGGGGUUUUACCAGCAUCAGAACAAAGAAUUUUGACGUUGCAGAAAAUUUGUCUGCAUAUGAUGGUUUGGAGUUACGUCUUAAGGGUGAUGGCCGUCGUUAUAAGCUUAUUGUUCGCACUAGCCGUGAUUGGGAUACUGUGGGUUAUACCAUAGGUCUUGACACCAUUAAAGACCAAUGGCAAUCAGUAAAAUUGCCAUUUUCUUCGCUAAGACCGAUAUUCCGGGCUAAAACAGUAGCAGAUGCCCAACCGUUUGAUCCAAGUCAGAUCAUAUCAUUACAGCUAAUGUUCAGUAAGUUUGAAUACGAUGGGAAACUGAACCCGACUUUUGUAGAAGGUCCCUUUGAGCUUCCAGUUUCAAGCAUACGUGCGUAUAUUGCAGAACCUAUCACUCCAAGAUUUGUGCACGUUGGAUCUGCUGGGGUUACUAGACCUGAAAGACCUGGACUUGAUCUAAGUAAACAACCACCUGCAGUCAGAUUAAACAAAGAACUGGGAUCCAUACUAACAUUCAAACUUAAGGGUGAGGAUCUGAUUAGGGAAAGUGGGAUUCCAUUUACAAUAGUGAGGCCUUGCGCGCUAACCGAGGAACCUGCAGGAGCAGAACUUAUAUUUGAUCAAGGAGACAAUAUCACAGGAAAGAUAUCAAGAGAAGAGGUUGCUAAAAUUUGUGUUGCUGCUCUAGAAAGCCCGUAUGCAUGUGACAAGACCUUUGAGGUGAAAUGUGUGGUACCAUUUAGCGAGCAAUACACAGUAGAUCCUGAAAACCCGCCACCUGAGAAAGACUAUGAUGUAUACUUCAAGUCCUUAAAAGAUGGCAUUACUGGUAAAGAAAUGUUGGAGAAAACUCCCGUCACUGUCUAACCAAACUGUCAACCAUUGAAAAUGACUUUAGCUGACGAAUGUCAUCACAGUAAACUGUUGCGUGUGAAGCAGAUUGGCAUUGCCACUUCUAUAAUAUAAAGUGUAUUGGGCAUACAAACAUAGCUUAAAGAUAGAAACCAAUAGCAAAACCAUAGUGGGAUUAUACAGUGAAUCUUUAUGUUACCAUGUUAAUUUCAUUGAGUGAAAAGCUUGAGUUAUAUCA